AUGGUGUUCGUCGCUUCUUCUUCUUGUGUCCGCAGCAGCAGCAUUGCCGCGACGACGCGUUGUUCCUCCUCCUCUUCCUCCUCUUCUUCCUUGACGUUCCGUCGCAGUCAUCAUCACCAAGAAAGACAUCUUCAUCAUCAUCAACGUCGACUUAAACGAACGAGAACCAAAAAACCAAAAGAAUGUCGCGCGUUGUUCACUGGCAUCGUCCAAGGCACCGCGACGGUGACUUCGUUCACUCCAAUCCAAGGAGGAUUAUUCGCCCGCUUGACGCUCACCUUCCCAAAUGAUGGGGAAAACCAAAGGCCUUUGGAGAAGCUGACGAUUGGCGCGUCGAUCGCCGUCAACGGCACGUGCUUAACCGUGGUGGAGUUUGACGAGGAAAAGUCCACGGCGAGUUUUGAUAUGAUUUCAGAAACGUUACGGGCGACGAAUUUAGGCGAGUUACGAGUUGACGAUGUCGUAAAUUACGAACGAAGCACAAAGUUUGGCGAGGAGAUUGGCGGGCACGUGGUGUCUGGGCACGUGCACACGACCGCGGAGAUUUACGCAGAAAAGGAGGAGACGGAGAACAAUCGAGAGGUUAAGUUUCGUCUCCGAGAUCGAGAGAUUGUGAAGUACAUUUUGCCGAAAGGUUUCGUCGCCGUGGAUGGGUGUUCUUUGACGGUGGGAGAAGUGGACGAGAAGGAAGGGACGUUUAACGUGUGGUUGAUUCCAGAGACGAUUAGAGCGACGGCGUUUCGGGUGAAGAGCGUUGGGAACAGCGUGAAUAUAGAAAUCGAAAGCAGCACUAGGGCGAUAGUCGAUACCAUCGAGAGGUACAUGGAAAGGAAAGAGAAGGAGAAAACCGGAUGA